AAUGAGUCAAAUAUUUGGAUGAUUCUGAAAUAUGUGCUUAAAUUAUUUGGAUGGUACAAUCCAUAGUUUUUUUUUCUAUAUAAUUUUUAUUCAAGUUAGCCAAUAAAGUUUCAGUUACAGAUCCAUCCUGCAGUCUCACUUGUAUUUAAGUUUUGAAAUAUCAGGUGAACGUCAUAAACUAAGAAACACAAGACUGCUGCUAAAAAGCCCUUAUCUUUUAGUUUUUUUUUUUGUCUUUCAAUACGUGUCAAAACAAACAGUUUUAUCACUAAAGUUCCCCAAUGUUUUUUUAUGAAGCUGGAUUGACUUUUAACCCUUGACGAGUGAUCAUCCGAGGGCAUCGUCCUGUCAGCACUGUGUCGGCUGAGACCAUGGAUUUACGCUUCAUGCUGGCGGCAGGCCUCCUUGCUGUGGCGGCAAGCGCAGAUGUGUUCCACUACCAAGCCAGCGUCUGGACCGGAACAUCCGUGGCAAUGACCACCUUGUCCCGGUGGAGCAUCAGAGGCAGAGUGACUGUGGUGGGAGACCGAGUGCAGGUGACCCACACGAACGUGUCGGUGUACAGCAGAACCGGGACGUCAACUCCGGAGCACUAUUACGUGCCUCUGCCGAAGGAGGCGAGCCAGUUAGAGCAACCCUUUGUGCUUCGUUACGACGGAGGCAAGUUGGCGGGCCUGUCUGUGGUGUCCGGGGAGGCAGUGUGGGCAGUCAACAUGAAGAGAGGGCUUGCAUCCUUGCUGCACUUGGAACAUGACGCCUUGCUGACUCCAGUUCUCACAGCAGAGGAGAACUUGCUUCAUGGAGUGUGUACGGUUGAGUACACCAGCUACCCAAUGGAGAAUAUCACGCUGGUCAGAAAGUUUGUGGACCACGAGAUGUGCAGUAAGCCUCCACAAAAGAUUCUAGGCAAUUGUGUGCCCAUUCUCUGCUCAGACAAUCCACAGACCGCAGUCCGGUCGAGCAGCGACGCUGCCUACAGAACUCGCGUCCGGGAUGGCACGGUGGAGCUGCUGAGUGUGGUCGCUGUUUCUCGCACGUAUUACCACUUGCUCAGGUCUCACGCCAGCCACGUCAUCACUGCCAAUCAAUCUCUAGAAAAAGAAGUUGAAGAAGAUCAUACCUCAUCAAUAAAAAUUCCUGAUAAUAUGACUCAUGUUGGCAUGACCUUUGAGCUACCAAGCAAAGAUCUUACUCAAGGCAGACACCCAGAAAGUCAGCAGAGUGUAUAUAUCAGGGUGAGCCGGGCGCUGGACGAGCUGAGCGGGGACCUGGACCGCCUCCAGGUGGGGGCCGACCCCGACGAGCACCACAGGAGCCUGGUGGCGUCGGCCGUCGACCUGCUGCUGCUGGCCGACGCCGGCACGCUGCGGCGGCUGUUCCACCACCUGGACCUGGGCACCAGCUACCGGCAGGAGACGGCCAGAAACAUCUUCGUGGACAUAUUGCCAAAAGUUGGCUCACAUGAAUCUGCUUUAGUUAUGAGGGACCUGAUUAUUGACAAGAAGGUCCGCAACACCACAGCCAUUUAUUUCUUGACGUAUCUACCAUUCUACGUACGUGAGCCCACCGAGGAUCUGUUGGGCGAAAUGCAGGCGUUGUUGACCGUCGCUAAGGACUCCACCUACGACGUGAAAAGUGCAAUGGUACUGAGCUUUUCCAACUUAGUCAGCAAAACUUGCAAAGAGGCGUGCAGUCCAGAGACCUUGGAUUAUUACAUCCGGUACUUCCUGGAUUGCUUCACAGGCAACAAGAAGUACCAGGACCAGGUGCUGUGUCUCGACGCCCUCGCCAACAUAGAGGCGGGCAGCGUGUUCGCGUACCUGGCCUCCAUCGGCGGUGGUCGCGCCGCCCUGCCCUCCCCCCACGCCCACCACCUGCGCUACCGUGCGCUCUGGGCCGCUGCCAGCGGGGCCUCAUCACAUCCGGACCAGGUGCGGAAGCUGUGCUGGCCGGUGCUGACGAACCGGUCGGAGCCCCUGGACCUCCGCGUGGCCGCCCUCACGACCCUCGCCAUCUCGGACCCUGCCCCCGGGAUGUUCGCGAACCUCUUCUCGUACAUGCAGGGCGAGCGGGACGCCCACCUCUACUACCACUACCACACGAUGCUGCGGUCGCUCGCCGACACCACGUUCCCGUGCUACAAGGAGCUAGGAUCCCUGGCACGAAAGUUUCUCCCGGUGGCCCGCGAACCGGUGGAGGAGCUGUGGGGCUCCGGCAACUACAUCCUGGACUUCAGCGACGCCGAGCAGCAGUUUGGCUCCGUGGCCCAUCUGCUCAUGGUGGCAAACAAGCGGACAGGACUGCCCAACGUCCUGCACUUGUUCCUCGGCACCCACGCCUCCGACCACAUCACCUCCCGCACAGAGUUACUUGUCCGGAUGGAAGGAGUUGAAAUCAUUGUGAAGGAAAAACUGAUGCAUAUCUUUAAUUCAACAUCGAGCAUCCCUCAGCUGAUGGGGUUGUUGGACAAACUUGACCUGAGACCAGUAGCUGCUGAGCGUUUACACAUCGAACUAGCGUUGAAUUUGCAGGGUUUGACUGUGCUUUCUCAGGUCACAAACUUGUCCAACUGGAAAGAGUUACUCAAAGAGCUGUGGGCCCUGACGACGACUCAGUUCGGGGCCCACCUGAACCACCAGCAGUCCCAGGUGGUGCUGCUGAACGGCAGAUACUUCCCCACCGGCGCCGGCACCCUGGUGGCGACGCGCGCCCGCGCAGUGGGCCUGACCUCGCUGAGGGGCGACGUAGCGUGGAGCCCGGGCAGCCUCCUGACUGACGUCGACGUCAGCAUGUUCCACUCCACUGUGUACGAAAUGACAACUUUCAACCCUAUUCUGAACAUGUGGCAAGCAGCAGAGAUGCAUCAGACUGUACGCGGUCACUUGAUCAUUAACAACCGCCUUGAUGUGUCACCUUCUCACUUCAAACUGUCACUUUACCGCCCCACAGGCAGCAGCGCAGGCCUGGUGUGGCACUCGAGGACCAAGGUGUCUGUGAAGGGCCGAGAGGCGGCCAGGACGCUGAGGAGCCUGUGCCCUGAGUGCGACACCGUCCUCGACGUCGUCACCGGCAACAAGGGCGAGAAAACGAAACAGAUUCUAAAUAUACCAAUCCCUGAUGCUGGGAGCAGGCUCCAAGUUCACGUUCUGCAGUGUGACAUGUGCCCGAACGAAGGCUCCACUGCUUCCAUGCUUCUGUCGGUGCUGGACAAGAACACUAAGAACUAUCGUGUUCUGCCUUCAAGUCGACCGUACUUGGUGCUGUUGCACUUUGCAGUCCACGCACUUGUCGCUCCUCCGGGCGACAUUGCAGGCUACAGUGUGCAGCUCGUGUCAACGCACAAUGAACUCACAAAGCUAGAGCUGACCGCACGACUGGAUGUGAGCAGCUACCUGGAGACUCGCGGAGAUGGACCAGUCCACUUCAAAACACUACUUGCUCACAAUACGCUUCAUAACGACACUUCGCUGUGGGCCUGGGAAAUGACCGGCCAGUUAACAGUUCCGCUGCAGUUCGAUUCAUAUUCCAUCGAUGCUGAGCUCACCAAGUAUGCAGUUGGGAAGCCUACCUACAGUGUGUGCGUGCAGUUGGGGACUGAGCUGCAGAAAAGUGAGGAGGAGUUUUCCUUGAGAAGCCUGCUCUCAAACGUCCUAAAGAGUCGAGGCACCGUCUCCUGGGGCAGGCUCGGCAACGACACGCUGUCUUGUCCGGACGGCGGGGGGCGACUCGAAGUCGCAGUGGCGGCUGAAACGUCCCACGAGCAGAAGGAAGCGAUCUCAGCGGCAGACAGGUGGCCAUACAACACGUGUCCUCAAGCCAAUGAGGAACCAUUCUCGUACUCGGGAGACAUGAUGUUCCUGGACCCGGAAUGCAGCCAAAUCAUCUCGGAAUUAUCAACACCACGGGCAGUCACUGCCACCAUCAAAUACACAACCGUAGAAAACGAAGAUACAAUUAAUUCCCUGCCCCACUCUGCUGGCAGCCAGACAAAGAAACUGGACAUAACGGCAGAGUUCCCGCUCUCUAGGCACGAGAUGGAACUCACAGUUAAUGACUACCAAGUGAGCUCUAGCAUGGGCGCAACUCUCGUCCUGCCGUGGUUGUCGCGGAAACUGCUACCGGCAGCAGACAGCAUCUCCAGCGACUGGACGCACACUUGCAUCAUAAAUGCCUCCAACGUGAGAACAUAUGACAACGCCUUCAUUAAAACAGCGGUCCCAACAUGCUACAUCGUAGGCACAGCAGAACGAACACAAAAUCCUACUUUUUCCGUUAUGGUGCGAACACGCCCGGGCUCCAACCAGCUGGCUUUGAAAAUAUAUUCAGGCUCUAACUACAUUGAAAUUACUUCACGGGAUGGCUGUACCACAAUAGUUGUCAACGACAAGCUGGUUAUGGCUGAAGAGAGGAUAAAAACAGUGAGCAAUUUUGGGCUACACAUCAACAAGAAAGGUGGUACUGACAUUAUUGCCCCACCAGUGAUUGUUGCGUACACAACCUCAAGUGUCACAAUCAAUAUUUCACCACUGCUGUACGGCGACUUGACAGGAGUGUGCGGGGACUACAAUGGAGACUCGAGCAACGAUCACAGCGUACACUCCAUCAUGACGACCUGCCCAUUAGAGUAAUAUGUUUUAUUAAUAUUACAUACAACCAAAAAGCAACACCCGUACAGUAUUGGAAUCCCACUCAAUUGACAAUAUAUUCCACCCAGCUAGCUAAUAUUCUUUUGCAGAUAAGUACAAUACAAGUUAAUAACUUAGAGUCUUAUGUCAGGAAGUCUAAUAAUUUAUAAUAAUAAAACACUAAAUAAAUAGUAAAGAUUCUUAUUUAAAAUAUUGCUUGGAUAAAAGUGUAAUCUUUGUACAAGAAAUGCUUUAAAAUUUCAAAUAUUUGGUUUCAGCAGUUAAAUAUUGAUUUAAAAUAAGUGCAGUAAAUUAUGUAGGUCCAGCCUAAGAACCUGUCUAAAGUACCAACCAAAUUAUGAAUAAAAUAGUAUAAAUAAUGCAAGAUUACUGAAACACACAUUCAGAAAAAUAACAGAUUUAUUGCAUCAAAAACUGAAUACUGUACAUAACAUAAUGGACAUAUAUAAAAUUAUACAAGGAUAAAGAAAGCCAAAGAAUUUCAGUCAAUGGGUAGUUACAAAAAAAAAAUUACAAUGGUGGAUUAUUUUGCAUGCCAUAUACUUCCUACAUAACUUAAAUGAACAGUUAGUUAAGAAAUUAAAGAGCUAAUGUGUAUUAAAUUAUGUUGUUGAAUCACACUGUAAAUAUGCUUAGGCCCGUGGCAGCCAACCUGUGGCCUGUCACUCUAAUAUGAAAUCACAAUUUGGUUGUUAAAUAAAUUAUAAUCAAUAUCAA